AUGUCUGAUUACAAAAAAUCAAAAACAUCUCGAAGGUCUUCUAGAGAAAAAUAUGAUGAUCGCAGUAUUUCUUCACGGAAGUCUAAUCGGCGAGAAGAACGAGUAAAAAGUCCAAAAAUUUUUGAAAGAAGACGAAGUAGAGACAAAUCUGUUAUUUCAACAUCGUCAAGUGAGGGUUCUGAAUUCGAAAAAUUGCUUAACAAAAAACGAAAGGAAACGAUUCAAAAAGAAAAAGAGGAAAAGCUUAGAAUGAAAGAACUUGAAACACCUGAUGAAAAAAGGGCGAGACGAAUUGCAAAAAAAUUACAAAAAGAGGAGCGAAGGAGAGCAGAAGCUUUGAAGGCUUUUCCUGAAGGAAUUCCUUACACAGACUUGAAUAACCCAUUUAAUGAUACCAGCCUUUCUGAAACAUUUGUUUGGAAGAAAAAAUGGGAAACAGAAGGGAUGAGUUCUGUAUCAAAGAAAAAAGUUGAAAAAAUAAAUCGUGAAACAAUUGCAAAAAAUUUGGCUGAAAUGGAACAAUUAAAAAAGAAUCGGGAGGCUAGGGAUGCAGCUAAAGAAGACAUGGAAAUGAUCAAUCGCGAUCAGGAAAGGCGCCUUUGUGACUGGAACAGAACAGAAGAUGCAUUUCAUAUGAAGCAAGCUAGGCUACGUUCAUCAAUUCGAAUUAAGGAGGGAAGGGCAAAGCCAAUAGAUUUAUUAGCUCGUUAUAUUUCUUAUUUUGAUGAAACAACUGAAGACGAUUUUCAGUUAGAUAAUCCUUUGAGUUAUAUACCAAAAAAUUCAAUUGACGAUUUGGAGGAUCUUAUUGCUGAUAUUAAUGUUUACCGUAUGAUUGAUGGCAAAAAGAAUUCUGAAUUUUGGGAUGAUAUUGAAACAAUUUCUAAAAGUAUUUCAAAAAAGCUUGUUGAAAAUCGACGCCGUUCAUCUGAUAGUGGAACUGUACAUUCUUCUGUUCAGGAAGAAGUUCUUAAAAUUUUUAAAGGAAAAUCUUAUUUUGAUUUGCAACAUUUACAAGAUCAAAUAAAGGCUAAAAUUAAAAAUACUAGUAAAGGAACAGAUGUCAGUUAUUGGGAAGCGUUACUUGACCAACUUGGCCCGUAUAUGGCUAAACAACGUUUAGGAGAGAAUUAUGCUCAUAUUCAGCAAUUAUGGCUUAAAAAAAUAAGGGAAGAACAAAUGAGUGAAAUGGAUACUUUAAAAGAUGAAAUUUUAGAGAAAAAUCUUUCAACUUCAAAUCAAUUUUCCUCAAAAGAUUCGGAAACUGUUUGGCAAUCGAAUACUUCAAUGGAAGAAUUGAGAAGAGAAGUGGAGGAGACAAGAUUUGUUUUGCCAUUUUCUCUUGAAGAUUUUCAAAAGCUGGAGGAUGAAGUUAAAGAACAUCAUUUUCUGCAAAUUGAUGCAAAAGGACAUAUGAAACAGUUUGCCCUUAAAUGUUAUGAAUAUGGACGGUAUAGCCCUACUUAUGGAAGUGAAAGUCAUAUAAUGCCUGGAAUUGAAAUUCUGGAUGGAAACGAAGAUGCAGAAAAAUUACAAGAGGCUAGAAAAAGAAAGAAAGGGGAAAGGAUUGAAGCUGAUUUAUCUGCGAGUGAUAAACGUAUGAUGGAUAUUGCAAAACAAGGAAUGACUGAAGACGAAGCAGUUUUUGCUGUUGAAGAAGCACUUGAAAAACAGCACUUUUUGUGGUCUGAUAAAUAUAGACCUAGAAAACCUCGUUAUUUUAAUCGAGUACAUACAGGCUUUGAUUGGAAUAAAUAUAAUCAAACUCAUUAUGACAUUGACAAUCCACCACCAAAAAUUGUUCAAGGAUAUAGAUUUAAUAUUUUUUAUCCUGAUUUACUCGAUCAGACACAAACACCCAGUUUUGCAUUAAUAAAAUGUGAAGAUUCUGAUUUUGCAAUUCUUCGUUUCAAAGCUGGGCCCCCAUAUGAAGAUAUUGGCUUUAAAAUUGUAAAUAGAGAAUGGGAGAUUAGUUAUAAACAUGGAUAUAAAUGUCAAUUUCAAAAUGGAGUUUUUCAACUUUGGUUUUUCUUUAAAAGAUAUAGAUAUAGACGAUAA